AUGUUCAUAUCAAGGAACAAUUCGGUAGCCACAUGGAACCAAAAUCAAUUGCCGACUGUUCGAUGCUCAACAAAAGAAAAAGCAGAAAAAAUGCAUUGCGAAUUGGAAGAAAACUGCAAAUGCGAUGCUAGCGAAACAACAAUGCACUGUACUUGUAAAGAUAUCAAUAUGAUGGAAAUUUUUCGGAACAUUGAUCAUGUGCUACCAAAAACAACACCAGUUUGGCAAUUGAGAUCAAAACCAAACACCGAAAUAAUCGCAAUAUCAAACUGGGCAACAUCAUGUGAAAUCGCCAUCAGUAUCGAUGAGAUAGAUGAAGCAGUAAUGGUCAGAGACAUCGAUGAAUGCUCGAUCAAUCACAUCAACACCACUGGAUGCUACAAUUGCGACACAAAUGUGGAAACUUUGAUCGAGUGCAAAUCAAAUGAACAACAAAUCAUUGGAGAUAUUGAUUGUGAAAGUGAAAAAUUCGCAGUUCAAUGUUCACCAGAAGGAACAAAGUCGACCAUCAAAUUUUUCGCAACAAGAGCAAAUUUUCAAAGGAAAUGCCAAAUCUCAUGUGGUUCAACAAAGAACAAAUUCGAAAUCAACACAAACCUGGAUUUCCAUGGCUCAUUUCUGGAAGAAGCUUGGAAAGUUAUUUCGGGAAAAACGAAAUACUAUGAUUCAAGCAUUCUACCAGACAUUCAACAUAUAUAUAUAUAUAUAUAUUGA